AUGACGUACUACUUGAUGUCCAUGGCAGUGACUGACCUCCUGGUUAUGAUCACGGCCGUGAUUUUGAAUCGGAUUGCUGGUACUUACUUCCCGUUCAGUUUCCUGUCCAUCACUCCAAUCGUUACAAUUAAUCUGGUGUUACUGUAUGGCAUUAGAGACUCUGCUGUCUGGGUAACAGUUGCUUUCACCUUUGAUCGAUUUGUAGCGAUUUGUUGCCAAAAGCUGAAGGUGAAAUAUUGCACUGCGAAAAUGGCAUCUUUGAUUAUAGGAACUGUCUGCGCUGUGAAUUGUGUUAAAAAUGUCCCACUGUACUUUACUUGUGAACCUUACAUUACAAUUAACAACAUGCUAUAUUAUUGUAAGUCAAAGUCAACGUUUUAUUCAUCCCCUGAAUGGAUCGCAUUUAACUGUAUAAAUGUAAUCAUAACCCCUUGUCUACCAUUCAUCUUUAUUUUGUUGCCAAAUGUUCUGACGGUUCGACACAUUAUCGUAGAUGGUCGGGCCCGCAAGAGACUCCUGAGUCCGAGUGACGCAAAGAAUGAAAAGGACCCCGAGAUGGAGAAAAGAAGAAGGUCCAUCAUUUUACUUUUCUCCGUCUCAGGUAGCUUCAUCCUGCUUUAUUCGAUUGAGGUAAGAAAUUUCUUCUAUGUCCGAAUUACAGGCCUUAUUUAUUUAGACCGUUCUGGAUUCAUUCAAGCAAAUUUUAUACUUGAGGAAAGUGGGUUUAUGCUUCAGCUGUUGUGUUCUUGCAUCAAUCCGUUUAUUUAUGCAGGAACCCAGAGCAAAUUCAGAGAUGAGUUAAAGGACGUAGUGAAAUAUCCGGUGACUCUCAUUGAUAAGCUGUUCAAGGGGUUGAAAAUGUAA